GGAUCACUGUGACCCUCACUACCCCCCCCACCACAUAGUCCGCUUCUGCCUUCCUCUGUUGAUCCUCAUCCUUGGUCGCGGGCCACCCUUCGCCAAGAUGUCCGCGUCUUUGCGAACGAUUCGGCCCUUCCUGCGGGCCUCUCGGCACUCUCUCCGAUCCGGCAGCGCUGCCAACCCGCUGCGGUUCGCAGUGCGGCAGCAGAAUGUGGCUGCCGCCCUCAAUAUCACCCGCUCGUACGCCGCUGUAUUCGAGAGAACGAAACCGCAUGUGAACAUUGGCACUAUCGGCCACGUCGAUCACGGCAAGACGACACUAUCCGCCGCUAUAACGAAACGUCAAGCAGAAAAGGGAUUGGCGAGUUACCUUGAGUAUGGUGCUAUCGACAAGGCCCCCGAAGAGAGGAAGCGUGGUAUCACGAUCUCCACAGCGCAUAUCGAAUACUCGACCGACGCGCGCCACUACUCCCACGUCGACUGCCCCGGUCACGCCGAUUACAUCAAGAACAUGAUUACUGGCGCCGCCAGCAUGGACGGCGCUAUCAUCGUCGUAGCGGCUUCCGACGGCCAGAUGCCUCAGACGCGAGAGCAUCUCCUCCUCGCCCGACAGGUUGGUGUCCGCAAGAUCGUCGUCUUCGUCAACAAAAUCGAUGCCAUCGAUGACCCGGAAAUGUUGGAGCUGGUCGAGAUGGAGAUGCGCGAACUUCUGACCCAGUACGGCUUCGAAGGGGACGAGACGCCCGUGGUCUUGGGCUCGGCGCUGAUGGCGCUGGAGGGCAAGCGGGACGACAUCGGCGUUCAGAAGAUCGACGAGCUGUUGAAGGCCGUCGAUGAGUGGAUCCCUACGCCCCAGCGUGAUCUGGACAAGCCUUUCCUGAUGUCGGUCGAGGAUGUCUUCUCGAUCGCCGGUCGUGGAACUGUCGCCUCGGGCCGUGUCGAGCGCGGGACCUUGAAGAGGGACGCGGACGUAGAGCUGGUCGGAAAAGGUACCGAGGUCAUCAAGACCAAGGUCACCGAUAUCGAGACCUUCAAGAAGUCGUGUGAGGAAUCGGUGGCCGGCGACAACUCGGGCCUGCUUCUGCGAGGCGUCCGGCGAGAGGACGUUAGGCGAGGUAUGGUGAUUGUCAAGCCAGGCACGGUCAAGGCCUACACCAAGUUCCUGGUGUCGCUAUACGUCCUGUCGAAGGAAGAAGGCGGCCGACACACCCCCUUCUUCGAGAACUACCGACCGCAAAUCUACCUGCGCACCGCGGACGAGGCCUGCGCGCUCUAUUUCCCGGACGACGUCAAGGACAAGUCGAAGGCGGUCAUGCCCGGUGACAACGUCGAGAUGAUGGCCGUCCUACACAACCCCAUCGCCCUCGAGUCCGGCCAGCAGGUAAACGUCCGCGAAGGUGGCCGAACGGUCGCGACCGGCAUCAUCACCCAAGUCAUUUCGUAGAGCUGGCCGCGGAGCCGCGGAGGGUGGGGCGGAUCGUUGGUAGGACCGGCUUUUCGACGGCUGACUUUCUUUGCUCAUAGCCGGACACGGAGGGUAAAGCGGCGUUCUCCUCUGGUGCAUCAGGGA